AUAAACAUUGGAGGAGGAAAAAGAAAAAUCCAAGGACCCUCCUCUCUUAAGCCGGCCUCUGAACCCAAAUCGCCAUACAAUCUACUCUGCUCUCCAUUCGAUCCAUUCUACCACUCCUCCAGUGAACCCAAGCAGUAAUAGUAGGCGCCGCAAAUCCAUUCUACACGAGACCUGAUCGCUGCUGCUGCCUGCAGGUUCUUCCGACAAGAGAGAAGAGCCAUUUCCUUCCGGAUUCGUUGAAUCCCGGGUAAAUUUGUCCGUUGAUCCAGGCCUUCUGGGCAUCGAAGCUAGAGGCAUAUAUAUAAACCGUCAUCCAUGGCGCACGACCUGCACGACGACCUGGAGUUCGUCUUCUCAGGCGACGGCGACGGCGGCGACGACUACUACGACUACUUCGAGUUCGGCGACCGCGAUGCCGUCGACGGCGGCAGCGCGGGCGCAGCCUCCCACCGGAACAAGCAGAUGGACGAUACUUCAGCCUUGGACUAUAAAGAAGGGAAAGACAUGCAAGGGAUACCAUGGGAAAGAUUGAAUUAUAGCAGGGAUCAGUAUCGCAAGAUGAGGCUGAGGCAAUACAAGAAUUAUGAGAACCUUACUAUGCCGCGCGACGGACUAGCAAAGGAAUGUAAACAAGUGGAGAGAAAAGACACUUUCUAUGAUUUUCACUUGAAUACAAGACUUGUCAAGUCAACAAUAGUUCAUUUUCAGCUGAGGAACCUGCUGUGGGCUACUUCCAAGCAUGAUGUCUACCUGAUGCAGAACUACUCUGUCAUGCACUGGUCUCCCCUGCUCCAGAGAGGGAAGGAAGUGCUCAACGUUGCAGGCCAACUCACUGCCACCCAGAAUGUCCGGGGAGCGAGGCCAUUGUCGAGGGUGCAAAUCAGUUCCAUGGCGGUAAAAGGCAACCUCAUGGUAGCUGGUGGAUUCCAGGGUGAGCUCAUCUGCAAGUAUGUUGAUCAACCUGGAGUGGCGUUUUGUACGAACCUGACCGGGAACAGCAAUUCCAUCAUGAACGCCGUCGACGUCUACCAAGACCCUAAUGGCGCUACACGAGUGAUGGCUGCGAACAACGACUGCACUGUCAGAACCUUUGACACCGAGAGAUACAGCCUCAUCAGCCAGUUCCCCUUUCAAUGGUCGGUCAAUAAUACGUCGGUGAGUCCUGACGGUAAGCUGCUCGCGGUUCUUGGUGACAGCACUAACUGCCUGAUCGCCGAUUCACAAUCUGGCAAGGAAAUCGCGAGGCUGAAGGGGCACCUGGACUACUCGUUCUCGUCGGCGUGGCACCCGGACGGCCGGGUGGUCGCCACGGGCAACCAGGACAGGACGUGCAGGCUGUGGGACGUGCGCAACCUGUCGCGGUCGGUGGCGGCGCUGGGGGGCCGGAUCGGCGCCGUGAGGGGGCUCCGGUACUCGCCGGACGGCCGGUUCCUGGCCGUCUCGGAGCCGGCGGACUUCGUGCACGUGUACGACGCCUCGGCCGGGUACGCCGCCGCGCAGGAGAUCGACCUGUUCGGGGAGAUCGCCGGCGUGGCGUUCAGCCCCGGCGACGGCGAGGGCGGCGGCGAGUCCCUGUUCGUGAGCAUCGCCGACCGCACGUACGGCAGCCUGCUGGAGUUCCGCCGGCGGCGCCGGCUCGGCUACCUGGACUGCUACGUCUGAUCAACAUCUCCGGCCGCCGCGCGCGAGCGCGCUUGUGCACCGUACGUGCUGUUGGCACGCGACGCAAGAGAAGCGUGCGAGACCGACCUAAGUGCCCCUCAAGGUGCAAUGCAUGCAACCGACCUUUUUUUCGCGCGCUUCCUCUUUUUUUUCCUUUUUGUUCAUUUCGCUGCCGCGAAGACAUCAGGGGUUCUGUUCCUUUUUUUUUUUUUGGCACGUUCUCGUAGUUCUUCUUCUUUCCUUUUUGUGGUAUUGUACAAAAUGCAGGGGACGGUUGUGGAAUUUCGAGGGCCACAUAUCAACUAGGUGCCAUAGGUCUUUAGGCUAAAUAUUUUUUACUAUUGUAAUAUAUAUAUUAUAUAUUAUGUAAUUAUUUAUCUUAAAGUGGACAAAUAAAUAUCA